UAGUUGCAUCAAGCCAGCAGCAGGUUAUUUAUUCACAUCAUGGAGAGCUACACGAUGAUGAACUUGUCUCUUGUGUUGAAGAGCUUGAGACUACACACUUGUCACAGAUCAGCACUGUUUCUUUAGCCUCGACUCGGCCGACAGUGUCAGCUCCUCAGACUGUAACCUCGGUACCUGCUGUGGCACAGCCUCGUUCUAAAGUUGGGCCCAAGUCACAAAGAGUCACUGCCACUGUGACAUCACCAGCAGCUUCCAUGACACCAUCACAGUUACAAUCAAUUGGACAAGAGUAUUACCUUCCUGAUGGAUGGAAGAAGACACUGCCAGAGGCUGAUCAACAGUGGAUCGCCUGUGCUCUUUUUAAAGUGUCCAGCAGUAGAGGAAAGGCUGAACUUGACAUCGGCAAGAUCAACAAGCUCUGGUGGUACCCACCACAACCAGCGUUGAUCUGCAACCAGCCUCCCCAUUUCAACAGGUACUUCGCUCAGCGUCUUCUCUUGUGGAUGCCCAAGAAGCUGUGGUAUGUCCAACUCCACUGCCCACACCCAGCAUGUGAGAAGAAGGAGCUGACAUCUGCUGGGAUAUACCCUCGUGUGCGUCAGGUCCUCGACAUUGACGGGUACUACAGCUUGGCGGCCGAAUACCUGGAGUGUUCCAGAUGCAAGAGAAAGGUGAUCAGCUGGAGUGACGUCAUCAUCAAGCAGCUGGAUGUUGGCCAUCGCUUGCAGUUCCCAGUCAUCGUCACGUACAGAUACGCCUGUGAUGUGCGAGUCAUCAGGAUGCUGAGGCAGCGUGGACUCGGAAACAGCUCGACCCAGUUGCAGAAGAAGUUGCUGGAGCAACACAGCGAGGCCUGGCUACAAAAGACCGCUCACUACCUGACCGACUGCAAGGCUUUUGCAGAUGCCAAUCUCAACAGGCUAGUGCUGCGACCAUCAUUUGUGGAACCACCACCAGCUGCUUCGGUCCCAAAAUACAAGUGGCUGCUCAGUGCAUACUGCCAUGAUGUGAUGCUGAGGUUAGAUGAGAUCAAGUCAUCGAUCACCUCAACAUUUGGACAGGUGUUGAAAAUGGAUUCCACCAAGAAGGUGGUCAAAAAGCUUGCAGGUCACAGUGCAGGUACUGCUUCCUGGGCUACCAACAUAGGCAAUGAGCAUGGCCAGGUGCUGAUGAGUGUCCUCACAGCCAGUGAAGGGUGUGGUCUUGGACCGAUGGUGGCUGGCAUAGUGGGUCGCUAUGACAAGGCAGGUGUUCCUCCACCAAAGCUCCUCUAUGUUGACCGUGGCUGCUGUGGAAGAGAGUCACAACUGAGGUCAAUGUUCUCUGCAUGGCCUGAUCUCUGCAUAAGGCUGGAUGUGUGGCACUUCAUGCGUCGCUUUGCAAUUGGUUGCACCACCGAUGCCCAUCAGCUGUACGGAAUAUUCAUGGGUCGUCUGUCACAGUGUAUAUUUGAGUGGAGUAGGGAAGAUCUGCAAGCACUUAAAAAAGCAAAGCAGUCGGAACUGGUCAUGCAGCAUGUCGACAAGCCAUCCGAUGCAGAUGUCAUCAAGCGCAUUAGCAAGAAAGAGUUAUCUACCCACUGCAGACGAAGGACUCGUGGUGUAGAUCAGACAUCAAAGCUGAUAGCUCAGUUACUGGAAGCUUUUGAUGGAGAGCAGGGUUUAGACACUCUCGGUGUUCCCUUACUGGAUAAAGGACGCAUAUGGGACAUCUGGGAGUCACAGAAGCAGCAUAUUGCCUGUAUCCAGGAUCCUGAGGAUGUCCAGCUGUACACGGAGACUGCCACGUUGGUAAAGGGUGGAAUCAGUUUACCAGUCUACAGAUGUGCCCGUGGUUCUACUUCCCUCGAGUCUUUCCAUCUCCAUCUUAACAGAUUCAUUCCAGGUAAUUUAUUCAUUACAUUAUGCCACAUAAUAAUUAAACAAAGGCACAAUAUUUAAUGGUUACUGUGUUGUAUCAUUUCAGGUACGAGUGCAAGUGACAUGCACUUCCAAGCCUAUUUAUUAGAAGGUUUGGUUAGGUGGAAUGAGGACAGGGCAGCCGCUGCUGUGACAGUUGGUGCUUCAGAACCACACACCUAUAGCUGUCUUCUGCGACAUGCAGUCAAUGAAUUGGGCAACAGUGUUCUGGGCAAGACGUUCAACCCAAGUUUCACAGCACCCAGGAAGUAUACAGGAGAGUUGAUUGGGGUGGAGUACUUGUUCAGCCAGACAGGAGAAGUGCUGCAGGAUGUCAAUGUAGACCAUGAUGGUCCUGAGGCAGAAGACUUCGAUCCCACAGAUAAAGACGGUGAAGUGGACGAAGGUUUCGAUGACGAUGAAAUGGUUGAUGAUCAAACAGUUGCUCCAGUGGAAGAGGUUAUAGUGCCCCGGAAACAGCCGUGUGCGAUCGGACCCACUUCAUCUAGGUCCAUACCUGAACCACCACAUAACAUAGAUGUUCAAGGUAUUAUGAACCAUUUGGCAUGAUGUUAUUGGAAAUGGAGAACAAACAGAGUAUAA